UAUCUUUUUCAUUACAAAUAUUGGGUAUAGACACUUUUUGCAUGACAUCUUUUUGAAAUUAUGAGUGGAAUUUUUGUAAAGAAAUUAUUAAGGUAUUGUCCUUCAAAGUAUCUAGUUCCAUAAACUCUACAAAAGCACUGGAACACUUUGUAAAGGAACACGACCUAGUUUGUUUGGUUGAGCUCUUUUAAGUAACUUAUUACGACCCAAAUGAAUAUUUUUAUAUGAACUAUCAUCUACUAGCACAUACUUUUAUGUAUGAAAUAUUUAUUGUGAAGAGUGUGUCCUUCUGUUGAUAAGGUUAUAAGAUUAACAUUAUGUGGUUCUUCUAUUAAGGACCUCAAAAUCGCCUUUAUUAUUUGAAUUCAUGUUCUUCUCACAAGACUUUCAAAUUAGCUUCAUGUUGUAGUAUCAUUGCUUCUUAUUGUAAAUCCUCCAUUUACCUCCUAAAUAAACAAAUUAUUCUCCAUGCCAACAAUACUAUAUGGCUUCUGGUAUAAACUAUACAUGAUUUAGAAAAAGUUUUAUCAGAUCAUGCUAUAGGCGUCAAAAUUGACUUGCAAAAUUUUGACAGACAUUUUAUCCUUCACAAAAGUAUUUGAUUUUUCUCCUUUAAAUGACAGGGAAGGGUAUCUAUGAAGACACUCCAAUAAACUCCAAUAAUUAAGGAUUUUCAUUUUAUUUGAAAUGAUAGUUACGUUCUAUAAUGAUUAAGAUCUUGACCCAACUUAAUGAUCAACCCCUCAAUUAGAUAAUUGUUAACUACUUGAGCUAUCUAAUAUUUUUUUAUUGAUAUUACGGUUUUGCUUGAUCAUGAGUUACAUUGUCUUAAAAAAGAUAGUUCUUUGGUUUAAUAGAACCACAGGGGAGCAAUGAUGGAGUUGGGGGAAGGACUAUGUAAAUUGAGAAAGAUGGAAUUCUCAAAUGGACCAUUCCAUAAGUUUGAGAAAGAUAUUUCAGCAGUUCUAGAUUUUAUCUAUCAGACUCAAAUAGAGUUAGCUGCAUGUAGUGAGGAUGUAUGUGUUACAAUGGAUCGAUCAGAAAGAUCUUACCAACUUCUGGGGGAAUAUGCUUCAGGGAAGCGUGUGUAUGAUCUAGAACUUAGUAGCGAUGCAUCAGUGUACAUUGUGUUCUGUCCUCAAGGCUCUAAUGGUUCCUCUGAAGCCCCAAGGGUAAAGCUUCCUAAGCUUAAGGCUACCAUGGAACAUCUUGUAGCCUAUGAAUACAAGUGAACAUCUUUUCAAGACACUGUCCAUAGAUCAAACCACAUCCAAUAUUUUUCUGUCCUUCUGUUGGAAGGAAGAAUUCUCUCGUGCAGUUAUCAUAGAAUAGUAUCCUGAACUGAAAAUAGCAGUCACAAUAUGCAAAAACCUGUGCAAUUAUUUCAAAAUUUGUGCAUUUAUGUAACCCCUCUUCCUAUACCAGGUCUUUGAUUUUGCAAACACCUAAAAAUAUCAUAUUUAAACUGCAAUACACUACUGAGUGUUU